AUGAACUCGACUCUCGCUAAAACUAAAUGCACUAUACUUUCUUUGGAGAACUCACAAAAUUCGGCUACGGAAGAAAGGCUUUUAGUAGAAAACGAAAAAUGUCACCUGAUUGCUAUCUCCGACACCCGAACCCAUACCGAAUCGGAAAGGGUGAAAUAUCUACCUGGGAGUACCCUCUCCAAGAGAUCAGGAGAUUAUGAGGGCGGGAUCAUUGAUUUCAUAAGAACCAGCGCUGGUGGAAUAGUGGAUCUGUUAAUCAUCGGGACAGAGAAAGACUCGUACGACUACGUAAAGCUUCUUCUGACGGAAACGGGAGGAACCAGUGGUGUGACAGUUUGCCAGGUCAAUCUGCUUUAUCGCGAACCUCGAAGCUAUGAAGUCAAAUAUUUCUUUGAAGCCGUGAGAAGCCUCACUUUGGAUGAUCGCUACUUCUUAAUGAGAGCAGACCGGGACCGUCAAUCUCUCAAAAUGCAGCUAUUUUUCGUCAAUCAUCUUGAGCCUUACUGUUUGGAUAGAUACAUGCGGAUGUACUCAUUUGACUAA